AUGCUCCGCAAAACAGACAUAGCAUACCUCCUCUUCUUCACAACCCACAUCCCGAUAAUCUAUCUAAUCGACACAGCCCCCCUCCAACCCUCCUGGGCCAUCUCACCCCUCUCAACCACCCUCCGCGAAUUCUACGUCAACACCUACCGCGACAAAUUCUUCGACUCCCCCGCCCCACCAUGGUUCACCACAUUUAUCUGGAUGGAGGUGCUUUACCACGUGCCGGCUAGUUUAUGGGCGGUGUGGGGGUUGCUAAAGGAACACCCCCUCAUCCCGGUGCACCUGCUCGUCUUCGGCAUCCAGGCCUUCAUCACGUCGCUGACUUGUUUGGUUGAGGUUUGGGCGUGGGAGGAUCGGAGUGUGGCGGAGAAGCAGAAUAUCACGGCGCUUUAUGGGCCGUAUGUUGCAUUGGGCGCGUAUAUGGCUAUUGAUUCCAUUCUGAGGUUGCGGGCGAAACUCAUGCCUGCGAACCAGGCCCAGACCCAGACCCGGACCCAGGUUAAGCAGGAGUGA